UACGAAGUACUUGGCGUCCGUCACUGGGAAAGGUAAAGCAUCUCACCUUCGUCUUGCUUUAUAUACUCUCUCUCUCUCUCCGUUGCUUUCAUUUGGCGGUUCUGGAUUUUCGUUUCGAACAUUCUCUCUCUUUUUAUCUCUCUUGCUGACAUAAGAAAAGCCGCUAAUGGGACUAGAUUUUACCAUAUUACAUGGAAAUGUUGGAAAAUGAGGGAGGCAGACAUAAAUCUGGGACCAUGACUGGCACUUUAGAAGACAUUUGCUCGAUCCCAAGUGAGAGAGCUAUAGAUCGAUUGACCUAUAAGCUUGUCCGUGUUGAAGAAGAUGGAUCUAUUUUUCCUGCCUUGGAAGAUGAAGUAAUGGACGUUGAUCAUUUGUUGGCAGAGCCAAAAAAUGAGAAAUUUGUGGAGGAUGACGUCUUAUGCUUGAACUCGGACAAUCCAGUGAAGUGCUUGGCAAUGGAAGAUUUUCCGUGUCCUGAUGACUACUGUCAGAGAAAUACUGAUAGUGGCAUGUUGGGUUCUGUCAUCACACGAGAAGGGAAACUGGAUUCCAAAUUCGAAUUUAUUGAUGGCAUGUUGCAAGGAGUUGAUGAGCAAGGGAGUCUUCAUGUAACUAGUGGUCUCUCUAGUGAUUGUGCUGAAUAUCUUUUUGAUACUGGGUUUGUGGAAGAAAGUUCUCAUUUAGAUUAUGCUCCGCGUGGAGGGCUAUGUUUGGGAGAUUUAGGCACAGGAACCCUCUCCCCAGGCUUGAGUGAGAGGGACAAUGAUCCUGCUGGGACAUCAAACUUUUCAAGUGCUAUUGUUCCGUUGCCUGAGUCUACAUCUGAUCAGAGUACUUUCUUACUUGAGAAUAUGACGAUUCGCGAACUUCACGAGGCCUUUAGGAGCACAUUUGGACGGGAGACGUCUGUUAAGGACAAGCAGUGGCUCAAGCGCCGUAUCUUGUUUGGUUUGCAGAACCUUAUUGAGUUGGAUAAUGGUUGUAGCCUCUUGCAAAGUGGACUAUCUUCUCAUGAUAAUGAAGAUGAAAUGAUUUUCACAUCUGCUGAUGAUUCAUCUCAAAGAAUAUACCACCCUUUCACAGAUAUUUCUGGUAAUAAGGCUCCACCACUAGGCAGAGAUGCUGGAAGGGAAGGUCAUACUAGCAGUGAUGCUCUGGCUUCCAGCAUUCCGGAGUCUGGUAAAAUUGGAUUUGAAGGCUUGAAUUUUGAAGAUAGAGAAAAUGCAUUUGUAAGUCGGAAGAGGUUGCGCAAGCCUACAAGGAGGUACAUUGAAGAAUCAUCAGAUGUGACAUCCAGAACUUGUAGUGGACGAUUAGAAAUUCCUACUAUGAGUUUGACAGAUAAAUUUCAGCGUGCCAAAUCUCACAACCAGCACCAUCGGAAGGGGUUUGGAUCCAUGUUGCCGGUUUCUAGGCAGGACUCUUUUGGUGGAUCCAGUAUUCAGGUGCCAUUUGGUCUUCGGGUGCGGAGGGGGCGCCCACGAAAAAAUUCCACAUCCCCUAUGGGGCAUGACUCUAAGGACUACAAGGAAUACAGGCUGCUCUCAGGCAUGCCCAAACGAAAUUGUGGGUUUGGAUCUCCUCAGUCAGAAUCACAUGAUGACAUGUCAGAUGACUGUGCUAUGAAAACCAAAACUGAAAAAAGUGGGAUGCGGAGGAAGCAUCAUAGGCUGUGGAACCUUUCUGAGGUGAUGAAACUGGUCGAAGGUGUUUCUCGUUAUGGGGUUGGAAGAUGGACUGACAUAAAGAGGCUCUUAUUCUCAUCAUCUGCACAUCGCACUUCUGUUGAUCUCAAGGAUAAGUGGCGGAAUCUUCUGAGGGCUAGCUGUGUACCAAUGCAGAGCAAGAAAGAGGUUGAGCAGAGGAAGAAGCAUGCGUCACUUCCCAUACCGCCAGCUGUUCUACGCCGCGUUAGAGAAUUGGCUGUCAUUUAUCCUUACCCAAGGGAGCGCAAGUCCAAACUCCCACGUGCUGCUGCCCCACUGAUCUCUGCUGCAAGCAGUGACCCGUCCGUCAGCCGAAGCGGAAGGAUCGUCCACCGGAAGAAUUUCAUUCGGCAGUCGUCGUGGAGCUUGACAGAUGAAUGGGCUGGCUAGAAUGGCAUUUUGGGUACUCUACGAGUGGCACUUGGAGUAUAUCCCUGAUUGGUCUGCAAAAAAUCAGAGAGGUGGUCUGUGCUAAUGUUUUCUUGUCUAUUCAAAACACCAGGUGGCGGUAUUCAAUUCCCUUCUAAAGCAAGGGUGUUCAGGUAGGGGUGGGAAUGGGGUUGAUCAGGCCAAAGACCGUUCUGUUGUCAUUUUGCUGCUGUUUACAAUUUUGUCUAUUCAGUUUCAUGUGUAGCUGAAGCUUGCAUGAGCGGUUUUGGUUGAAUUCAUCAGUCUCCAGGAGUGAGCUGCUGCAGGUUUAUGAAUUGAAAACCUCUUCGGUUAGGUAGAAUUAUACUCCAA